ACGAUUCAAAGAGUUUUCAUGUUUGUAUCUUGGAUAAAAACACAGAAUGUGCCCCACAUACACCGAGGCAGACACAGGACAUCAGUGCAGUACUUCAUGAAGCCUCUAAUUUAUCAAGGCUCUGCACCACUACAAGAUGUUGAGGUGACCUCUCGAUGUAAUGACACAGACAAUGAAGUCACUACUGUUCCACGCAGAAAAGUAUCUUUCAGAAUAAACACAGAAAACUUCUUGUUGGAAGUGCAGGUGGAAAGCAGGCAAGAAUGGCUCCUCACUUGUCAUGAAAGAUGGAACGCAGAUUGGGGAACCCAUGUAUGUAGACACUUAGGAUACAUCAGGUUGGUGCAUCACAAGGCUGUGAAUCUGACAUCCACCCAUUUAAAUCACAGUCAAGAAUUUGUUCAGGUCCCGCUUGGUCAAACUACUGGACCUGAGCAUAUGUGGCAAACCAGACGAAGAUGUCUUUCUGGACGAAUUGUUACAUUGAAAUGUUCAGAAUGUGGAUCCCGUUCCAAAUCUUCUAGAAUAAUUGGAGGACGUGAUGUGGCCUUGGGUCGUUGGCCAUGGCAAGUCAGCCUGUAUGUACACAACAAGCAUGUCUGUGGUGGCUCCAUCAUAGCGCAACAAUGGAUCGUAACCGCAGCACACUGUGUGCACAAUUACAGGUCUCCUCAGCUGUCCAGUUGGUCCGUCCUUUCGGGCAUGGUCAGUCACUCCGCUGUAAAACAACAAGCAUCUUCAUCGGCAGUGGAGAAAAUCAUUUAUCACCAGAAGUAUGAUGCCCGGACCCAUGAUUAUGACAUUGCAUUAAUGAAACUGGAGAAACCGAUAAAUUAUUCAGACAGCAUUCGCCCUGUGUGCCUACCACAAUAUGAACAAGAUCUCCCUGCAGGCUCCGAGUGCUGGGUUUCAGGCUGGGGACAUACUCAUCCUGACAACACACACAUGCCUCAAAGUCUGAAGGAAGCUAUGGUGCCCCUCAUAAGCACUAAGAAAUGCAAUAGUUCCUGCAUAUAUGAUGGCGACAUUACUCCCAGGAUGCUUUGUGCUGGUUACCUUGAUGGAAAAGUGGAUGCAUGUCAGGGUGACAGUGGUGGACCCUUGGUUUGUCAGACUGACUAUACCUGGCGACUGGUUGGAGUGGUGAGCUGGGGAAUGGGAUGUGCUGAGCCCAACCGCCCAGGUGUAUAUACCAAGAUUGUAUCCUUUCUAGACUGGAUAUAUAAGAGCAUGGAGGCUCGAGAACAGAGCAACACACAGAUAAGGAUGGCGUAUAUGCUAAGUCUGAGGAGCAGUUCCCAAGCUUCUAUUAUUUAUACAAAAUAG